AUGGUGACCCUCAAAGAAGUCCGAGAAUCCAAUUCGGCCCUCCGGGCCCGUGAGCCCGGCCAGGUGAUCCUCGUAACGGGCGCAACGAGUGGCAUCGGAGAGACGACUUUGCUGCAAAUGGCAAUCCACAUGAAUGCGCCUACGGUGUAUCUGGUGGGAAGAAACGAAGGCGCAGGACGACGGAUUCUGGAGAAGGUGACCCAAGCCAACCCACAGGCGACCUUCCACUUCAUCCAGGCGGAUGUCUCGUCGCUAAGCGCUGUGGAUGCUGUCUGUGACGAGAUCAAGCGCAAAGAGAAAAAGCUGGAUAUCCUGUUCCUUUCGGCAGGGGUGCUUCAUUUUGGGGCCCGACGUGAAAAUUCCGACGGUCUCGACACCAUGUUCGCCCUUCGCUACUACGUCCGCAUGCGCUUCAUCAUGAACCUCCUCCCUCUUCUGUCGCAAUGCCAGUCGCGUGUCGUCAGCGUCCUCGAUGCAGGCAAAGAAAGCCGGUUGAUAGAAUCCGACCUCGAGCUGCGCCACCACCAUUCUACCAACAACGUGAUCGGCCACAGCAACACCAUGACUGUGCUCGCGAUGGAGCAUUUGGCCAAGCAGUACCCCUCGAUCAGUUUUCUGCACGUCUUCCCCGGGCUCGUCAUCACCAAUCUCGCUGCUUCGGAUAUGUCGUGGCCGUGGUCUUCUCUGGUCAGGUAUCUCCGCCCGCUGUUUGCGUUUCUGGCCGUUCCGCUCGAGGAGUCGGGCCAGCGGCAUCUGUUUUGCGCCACUUCUGAGCGCUAUCCCCCUCGCUUUGCAGUGACAAGAGGCGAAGAGGGAAGUUCCGUAGCUGGGGAAGUUGCACGAGGGUCAAACGGUGAAAAGGGAAGCGGCGUCUAUUCCCUGAACUGGGAUGGCGAACUGGUAAGGGCGAAAGAUUUCCUUGCCCAGUAUCGUGCUCGCGGGAUGGGUGAGACUGUCUGGGCGCAUACAUUGGAUGUCUUUGAGAGGGUGUUAUCGAAGACAACUCGUGCAUAG